CUCAGUUACGCACGAGAGUCCAGGGAGCGAGCAUUGGAUAGGAGGCUUUACUCGAGACACUUCCAAACGAACCCAACCAUGAAGGCGAGCCUGAAGAUAAAGACACCGACUUCCGGCAUGGAACUACUGCUACUGGGCUUGGCAGCAGCUUCCGUGCCAGGCGCCACUGCUGCAGACUCGAAUAUUGGCGGUGUGAAGGCCUUGGAUCGCCUCCAUGCUGGGCUAUUCCUCAAGUAUGACAGCCUGGUGCAGCCGCAGUUCGAAGGCGUGCCCACGCCCGUCUCGCUGGGUCUGGUGAUCAACUACAUAGACAUCGAGGAAAUCAACGGCAAGAUGACCGUUCACUGCUAUCUGAAUAUCCGCUGGAAGGACGAGAACCUGGUCUGGCAGCCCUCGGAGUACGACAACAUAUCGCAAAUCAUUGUGCGGUCCAGUGAGGUGUGGACGCCGCAGAUCACGCUCUUCAAUGGCGACGAGGGUGGCCUCUUGGCAGACACCCAGGUCUUGGUGGGCUCCAAUGGGAACCUGCUGAGGGUUCCUCCGGCCGUGUAUACCGCCUAUUGCAACCUCAACAUGCAGAAUUGGCCGCAGGACGAGCAAACGUGCACCUUACAGAUCGGCUCGUGGGGCUUGAAGAACAUUGUGGCGGAGAACAUAACGGGCAAGGACACAUCGAUGGACUACGAUGAGCUGGUGCAGUCGCCCGAGUGGGAAAUAGUGGACUCCAAGGCGAAGUUUAUCAACCAGGACUUUUACGGCUACAUGGAGUACACGCUGACGGCGAAGCGCAGGUCCUCCAUGUACACCGCUGUCAUUUAUACGCCGGCGUCUUGCAUUGUCAUUCUGGCCCUGGCCGCCUUCUGGCUGCCGCCGCACAUGGGCGGCGAGAAGAUUAUGAUCAAUGGAUUGCUAAUCAUCGUCAUAGCCGCCUUCUUGAUGUACUUUGCCCAGCUGGUGCCGGUGAUGGCCAACAAGACGCCUCUCGUUGUUAUCUUCUACAGCACCACGCUUCUGCUGCUGAGCGUGUCCACGAUCAUCGAGGUGGCCGUGCUCUACCUGGCCACCGUCAAGCACAAGAGACGCAUCCCUGAUGUGCUGAGGAAGCUCCUCCACGGCAAAGUCGGCACCUGGCUGCUGCUCUCGCAUUUCUGCACCCAGCCAGCGCCGCAGCAGACGGAGAAGACCAACGAGCUGUACGAGCAGCAGCAGGAUCAGGAGCAGCAUGUGUACGAAAACGACGAUGACGAGGCAACGAAUCCCUUGGACAUCAAUCCCAGCGAGGUGCCCGCCUACAAGGCCAUCCAGUUCGAUUGGGCGCUGCUGGCCACCGCCGUGGAUCGCGUUUUCUUCGUGGUCUACAGCCUGGCCUUCCUCAUCCUGGCCAUAACGUGUGCUGUCUAGGAUCAAGGCGGGGAACAUGUACUCCUUAAGCAUCAUUUAUUCUUUAAUCGACGUGCAAAAUUAAAAUUACUUAAUGAUGA